AUGUCUGAACCCGAGGGCGACGCCAUUGACUGGCGGUUACUGGACUUACCCGAAGACACGGAUUGGGACCAACUGUACGACCGGUUCACAGCACAUCCCGAAGAGACCACAACUAUCACUGAAACCAUAUAUUAUGACUCGGAGUACACCUAUUACUCGGAACCCAUUCAGAGGGUUAUCGAUAUCAAUGAGUUGAGGGAACGGAUGCAGAGAUUGGACACCGAAAGAGCCCACGGAAAUGAUGACAAGAGUGGCACUGAAGUGAGUGUCGAAUCUGAAGACAAUGUCUCGAAAGCAUCAGAAGAGACACAAACCGAUAAUAACGACGAGAACCUGGAGCUGUCGGUCAUCUAUGAGGGCACCACCACUGCCACCAAAAUAGAUCAUAAGUUUAUUCCCAAAGAAUUCCAUCGCCAACCCCUUAAGGUGAAGAGCAAAGUGUUCGCCGCUUCCAACGGAAUAGUGACCCACAGCUGGAAAUCGGCCGAAAUCGUCAAAAUCGUGAGCUUUUGUAAUGUUUCGGUCACUUUCGAGGAUAAGUCCAUAAUUGGUGGCAAUUUGUUGGCCAACAGUUUGGUUGCUUAUUCCGAGUCAAACAAUUGUAUUCUUCAGUUCGGAGAACGGUUAUACCGUAUUGUGAUUGUGUUUAUAUCUAAAGCCUAUAUUGACGACACCAGUGGUCACCGAGAACUAUAUUCGGGAACCGUUGCAGAGCCGGCGAAGUAUACAAACAAUUUCCGAUUCUUAAUAUUCUUUGAUAAACACGCCUAUCAUUACGUCAAACGAGAGGAUAUUUUUCAUAUCUACGAUCGAGUGUCUGUGGACACCGUAUUCCCAGAUAAAGACAAAAACGUGAACACAGAAGUUAAAGAAUACGCCGACUUCUUAAGGGAUUAUAUCCGCAAUUAUCCCGAGAGACCAAUGGUUAGGCUUCAGAAGGGCGACGAUCGCAUUAAAGUCAGAUUUGAUGGCAAAUGGUAUUUCUUAUAUUUUACUUAUUUUAGGGAAAACGCGAGGGUUUUGGAGAUCGACUCGAGUCUAGCGCUCAUAGAAUUUUAUAAACUUAAUAAACCUUUCGCCGAAUGGAUAUACAGAGGCUCUCGAAGACUAUACGACAUCUACAAAGAGUGUCAAACAUCCAAAUCCAAUGUCAGACAUCACGGCCGGUCCACCACUAGAGUGACAACACGACGAUCCGAUAACCGGCCGCACGUCGAGUGGGAUAAUGACGAGGAGAAGGAGAACAAAGAACAGACGGCGAGCGCCGCCAUCGACGACGACAUACAGAUUGUGCCCAAAGAAGAGGUCAAUCGGAAGCGAAAGUUUAAGCAAACGGCCCGCAAAUCGACCGCUAAAUUCUCGAGCGCUGUGUCCAUCGAUCCCAUGAGACUCAUAGACAACGAGCUCUUUAAUCCGUCAGAAAUAUCUGUCGAGCAGUUCCCGGACUUGACUCGAGUUACGCCAAGAGAUUAUUUAAGCCACAAGUGUUCACCAAAUUGUGUUUUCGCUGAUGUGGAGUCGGAUGGCUUUGUAGACAUAAAUCCAUUUCAUAUCCCGAUUAUUGUCGGUUAUCGGAGAGAGAUUUUGCGGACAAACGAUAAAAGAGUUCGCGUCCUCUACCGCGCGCCCUGUGGUCGACGCCUGAGAAGCAUCGAAGAGGUCUUGAAUUAUCUGUUGAUUACAAAUUCGGUUCUCGACAUCGAUUUGUUCACAUAUUCUCCUGGCUUUGCGUUGUGCCGUAAAUCGAGUGCUCUUAGAGUUUUAUAUCACGUCUCAGACAUUGCCAACGGUUUAGAAAAGCAGCCCAUCUCUUGUGUUAAUACUGUCGAUAAGACAGACUUAGGGACCGUUAUCUAUAAAGCCGAUCGCUUUCCACAUCCGGAUGUCAACUUCAAACCCGAUCCUGAAUUCCUGUCGUGUUGUGACUGUGAGGAUAACUGUAUGAACAGCAGUACCUGUGCCUGUCAACAGCUGACCCUCGAGACCAGUGAUGCCGUCAGAAUGUCGAAGUAUCAAUAUUUCGGUUAUGAACACAAACGCCUCAAUGACUUCAUAAUGACGGGAACAUUUGAAUGCAACCAAAGGUGUCCAUGCAAUCAGCGCUGCCCUAAUCGAGUCGUUCAGAAUGGCAUUAAAUGUCGUUUACAACUGUUUAAGACGUUGAAGAAGGGUUGGGGCGUCCGAGUGCUUCAUGACGUACCCCGAGGGACAUUCCUCUGCACAUACGCGGCGCAGGUUCUCAACGAAGAGGCGGCCGACAAAGAGGGCAAGACUUUUGGUGACGAAUAUUUAGCUGAUUUGGAUUAUAUCGAUGUCUGUGAGACUCAAAAGGAAGGCUAUGAGAGCAGUGUUGAGAUGAGUGAUGACGACAGUCAGGAGUAUGAGGAGGAAUCAGAUGAUGACGACGAAGAUGAUGAUAAGGACUUCACGUGUUACGGGAGCUCCGGCUCUGGAAUCUCUAUCCGAGAAGUGGGUUCAAAGGGACGGAGUACUACUUCUGGAGGUCGGCGUCGAAAUGACGACAAAUCAAAGUUCAAGUACUCAAUCAGAAGCGACUUUUUCAAAGAGGACUUCUGCUAUUCACUCGACGCCAAAAAGAUGGGAAAUAUCGGCCGAUAUCUGAACCACUCGUGCGAUCCCAACUGUUUCGUGCAAAACGUUUUCGUCGAUUCACACGAUUUGCGGUUCCCUUGGGUUUCGUUUUUCGCCAAAAAAGAUAUCAUGGCUUACGAGGAGCUGACCUGGGAUUACAACUACGAGAUCGGGUCCAUUCCGGGCCGUAAGAUGUACUGCUAUUGUGGCGCCAAUCGAUGCAAACGUCGAUUGCUUUAAGACUUUUGAUUUAAGUGAUAAUUAAUUUUCAUUCAAAUUAUUUGAUAAUUAAAUAAUCCAUUUUAUACAUGUAUUAUAAUUCAUUAAAUUUAUAAC